AUGUCAACUAAUGUAAAUCGUGGAAUCGAGAAUCGCCUCGAUCUGGAUCGCUCAUAUGCAGAACUGAAUUUUCGUGGAAUUAGAACCAUAUUUUAUCGAAAUGGCGAUGAAUAUGAUUCGGGAACGAUGGUUGUACUCUCACGUAAACAGUUCAAACAUUGGAUAACUUUUUUGGACUACUUAACGAAGAAACUGGGAUUUGAAGAUUUCGAAGGCGGUGGCAAAUAUGUUGCAGUUUCACAGGGACAAUUCAUACAUAUGGAAUAUGGUAUAUAUACCAGCGAGCAGGAUGAUAAGAAAUGGAAAUUCGCCACAAAAAUUGUCGAACCUCAUAUAAGCAAUUUGGAUUCUGCGGAAAGUGUUGAUAUCUAUCUAAAACGUUGCGGCUAUAAAUCAUGCACAGGUCUUCCCUUUCCAUUUGAUGGAAUGCAUCAUGUCUUAGCGCCAGAUGACUUUCAACAUUAUAGUGCAAGUGUUUCACCUAUGUCACCAGUGCCAUCGGCAGCUGCUUCGAAUGCAAGCAUUAGUAAUUUACUUAAUGACUUCAUCCAUAAAUUACGAUGA